AGUCUUAUCUUUCCGUUGACAACUGAUUAUGUUGUUAUUGUUGGGCCUUUCCCACACGUUCAUAUGAUUUAAUUGAGAAAUUUGGUUUUCCGUAUUUUAUUUACCAGUAAACGAAGGGUAAAGGGGGUAUCUAGCAGUCGAUGCGACCAUCAUGCCGGACCCGAAAAAUGCGCCAGCGGCCUCCGAGCCCCCACCACCCCCGAUCACAUUCAAGAACCCGAGACGAACAGCGGCCCAGAAAUCAAUAAGCUUAGGAAGGGCAAGAGGUGUUUCCCCUCCAGGGGGUCACUCUGCGGCCCGGAGGAACUCGUCGGGGGAAAGUAACGAAACUGGUCAGAGUGCGAAGAACUGGUUCGAGGCAUCUAACAAAAAUGCGAUGGACAACACGGAUAUGAGGGCAAUGGACCUCGAUCCACCCUUCUACCAAAAAGAGACGGAAUCGUCUAAUGAAGAGGUAGCAGCGAAAUACGGAAUAUCGUCGCAAAGCCCAGCAUACGAAUUUAUACAGAGCCGCGUUCCAGGUGUUCGCGUCGGGUUAGAUUCCUCCAACGAUGAAUUCAGAUCCGUAAUCGACGACUUGACCGUCGAGAACAAACGUCUAAAAGAAGAAUUAAGGAAGUAUAAACAGAUGGGACCCGACUCCAUGCGCAAAGAGAAAUUGUUUGAAGUCAAGGUUCACGGUCUGUCUAGCAGGAGGAAGCGAGAGUUGGAAGCAACUCUUCGAGAUUUCACGACGAGUCUAGACAGCUCAAGCCCCGGCGGCUCUUCAAGCCGAAAGAAGACCUCUAGUAAGGCCAAGAAUAUUCACUCGUCUAAACAUGCAUCCUCAUCAUCGGGAUCCAACUCAAGGCCGGUCGACUCGGCAUAUGCAUCCAUGUCGACAGGCCCAAGCUCCUCUGUACCGUCGCUACCUGGUCAAGCUAAAGCUGCGCGCCAACGGUCUGAGCAGAAAAUUGAGAACUAUUUACGAGAUAUUCCCGAGGGUCUAUGGCCACGCCCUACAGUUAUGACAGAGAAGGAUAAGAAGAAACUCGUAGUCAAGAGGCUUGAGCAUCUAUUCACAGGUAAAAUGGGUGAUCCAGUUGAGCACAUUCCAUUACCUCUAGUCCCCGAGCCUAUCGUCGAGGAUGUUCAAAUGGAGAACACGGACGAGAAAACUGUACCUACCAAUGAGAUUCGAGAGGCUCAAAUCCGACCGCGAAAUUUAAGACGCAAAGAUAGUAGCUCACGCGACAAUGGAUCUGCAUCGAAUUCACACUCGCAGUCGAAUUCCCAUUCGAAUGGCGAUCAGACAGAUUCAAGGGACCACGGUAAUGGGGGUGGCAGUGGUAGUGGUAGCGGACACGUGGGGGCGGGUGGAAAUGGCAACAAUACUUCACCGCAACAAACAGCAAUGCCACCGCCCGAACAGCGUCCAACAAGGCCACGCGACUUGGACCCUGACCGCAGACAGGUACCAUCAGAGAACAUGGACUAUAUACGUCAUCUGGGACUGGUCGCACCGGAAUCUCAGAAACAGUUCUCUGCAAGGGAUGUGUCGCCAGAUGCGGAAGGUUGGGUGUAUCUCAAUCUGCUGUGCAAUUUGGCACAGCUGCAUAUACUCAAUGUGACGCCGGCCUUCAUUCGCAACGCGGUGUCAGAGAGAAGCAUGAAAUUCCAGCUGUCGCCAGAUGGACGCAAGAUCCGUUGGCGCGGUGGGGUCGAAGGUACUAAGUUUAGCAGCGACAGCGGUAGCUACUCGCAGCGCAACCAAUCAAGUGACGACACGGACGGAUCGAACGAUCAGGAGCAGAGGAAAAAACAAAAAACGCAGGCGUCUGGAAAUGAUGUCAUAGCGCACAAGCCUUCGAAAUUUGGUCUCGGCGUGCAGGACUCGAAUUCAUCCGAGAAUUUCCACUACAAACCUUUGUUUGUGCACCACCAAACAUCAUCAUCCGACGAACAGCCGUCAGGCGGGGACGAAACGGGUUCGUCAUACGGCCCGCCAGAAGAGAGCAAUUUGGGGAUGAAUUCCCGUUGGGGUCAAAGUGGUGUAUCGGGGGUGUCACAGCGUAAGCGCCGUCGCGACGGUGCAAUCAUCUAUUACAGCGGGGCACCCUUCUGCACGGACCUUUCGGGAGAUUUUGGCGAGGGGGAAAUCUCUCCCGCCACGUACGAUAUGACCUCAUCGGGUAACCAGGGGGGUCAGGGCCCCAUCAGCCUCGGCAAUACCCGCCCCCAAUUCAGCCGCUCUACGUCAGGAUCGUCACUCCCUUUCAGACCCCUGAGCAGCACUAGGGAAUCCCACGAUGCCCGUAAUUCGCGAAUGGAUCUCGAUGAAGAUGAUGCCGACGUCGAUCCUCCAGAUUUGACUUCCGGUGAGACGGACGAUGACAUAGACGCCGACUUCUCCUGGUCAAAUAGCAAUCAACACACUUCUUUAUUGAACCUCGAAGCAAGCGGCCUUGGAGGCGUAUAUCCCGAAGAUCACUUCGUCUUUGUUGUGUCAACAAGGCGGCCGAAGUGUGUACCUUAUAAUGACAACAGUGGCUCUGAAGAUGACGAAGAUGACGAUGAUGACGACAAUGAAGAAAUCCCGACAACGCGACCGAAGCUUAUCGACCACCCAAGUCAAGAGACCACAGACUCUAGAAUCACUACCGACUCUAUUAUUCAGAAGUUAGCUUCCAUGUCAACUCGGUCGCCAGUACCGAGUCAGAUUACCGAUAUUAGCGCACAUCCAAUUCAGAUCGAAUACCUAGCGGGGAGGAUUCGUCGACUACCUCCUGUACCUCUACCUCCACCUACCUUCUAUUUCACCGCUGGCGAUUCGGACCUCGAGGAUGACGAUGAGACCCCGGAUGACGACUCUUCGGAGAGCUUGAUGAGCCGGCGAGCUAUUGUUGAGGACGAUCCAAGCUCGGAUGUUGAUUUGUCUGGAAAUGAUGAAGAAGACGAACAUUCCGACGAUGGUCAUCCCUACGAUGCCAGCGGCAGCAUAUCUCCCGAAAACGUCGAUGAGCUUCCCGAUGUAAGUGAGCUUCGACGGGGCCGUCGCGGGGGAGCCUCCGAAAUAUCUAGGAUGACUACAGGAAGUUCCGCAGCUACUGCCGGCGGUGCUCCUAGUGGUUACAAUAGUAGCAUCGAGGAAGAUUGAUGAAAUUAUGACCCCUUGAUUUAACGAGCGAGUUUAUCGGAACUUUAUCACCAAUUACGGCAAUUGUUUUAUUUAUCUACCUACCCUACCCAUCCACUUGUAUCCACCUACUUGAAACCUACCUGACGAAAGGAAGUGUGUUAUGAUAGACUUGUUUUUUUUUUUUUUU